AUAUAAAAAGCUUUUAAAUGUUUUGAUUGUGGUGUCACAGAAUUUUAUUAAGGAUUUUUUCAUUCUUUUUGCAAACGCUGUUCAUGUUGCACACAGAAAUAUGAGCAGGAGUCGUUCAAGAAGUCCAGUGCGGCAGAGAAGGAAUUCUCGCCAUAGAGAUUCCCCAAAUGAGAGGAGGAAGCUUCAAAGAAAAGUCAAAACGACGUUUCCGUAGUCACAGCCCACGUUGAAGGAGCCCUAAACGACGCAGUCCCAGCAGACGUGGCCCCAACUAUCGUGAGGAGCGCAAUAAUCACCGGCAGACAAAUGGAAAUGAUCACCAUCGUCGAGGUGGUCGAGUGGAGUAUUCCCGGACAAGAGACAGAAGUGCAUCACCAGCAAAACAUUUCAAAAACUCCGAGGAUAGGUGGCCGAAUGAUAAGUUUGAGGAAUCCAAUGAUUCCCGCAACAGAAGUGACAGAAGCUACCAAAGAUCAAGCAAGGCGACUGACUUGGAAAUCCGCAUGGUCAGCGCAUCAAGCAAAACGGAUGUUUAUGUGAGCAACAUAACGGAGAAGAUUGUUGAAAAUGGGCAACAAUUGAGGGCAUUGAUGGAUGCUGCCAAGCGCAAUCGAGCAACAGCCUGCACGGUUGGCAAUGAACGUUCAUCGCGUUCCCCAUACGCAAUUAUGCGCCUACAGCUGAUUGGAGUGCACGUGGGGAAGCAGGAAAAGUGCGUUGGAACCGUUAAUCUUGUGGACCUCGCAGGAUCGGAGUCCCCGAAGACCAGCACCCGAAUGGAGGAGACAAAGAAGAUCAGCAGGAGUCUCAGUGAGCUCACAAAUGUCAUCAUGGCCAUCCUCAAUAAGCAAGAACAUGUCCCUUAUCGAAACUUCAAGCUCACCCUUCUGCUAAUGCCAGCUUUGGGAGGCAAUUCAAAGACCUUGAUGGUGAUUAACGUAUCGCCUCUGCAAGGACUGCUAUGGGGAAUCGCUCAAGUCCCUUCGCUUUGCUGCUUCCGUGAAUUCCAUAAAGAUGACGAGAGUGAGGAAGAAUCGCUACUUGAACAAUGUGACCACCAGCAGCGCCUAAAUUUUUUUUUUUAAUACAAACUUCAACAAAGUCUAUUCAUUUUUUUAAUAAAAUUAACUAAAAA